AUGCGCCAGUUUUUGGUGCCUACUACUGGAAAGGCGAUCCGGAGAUUAGCCACAGCAGCUGGAGACUAUGUACAACCACACUUGAUGUUUCCAAAGUACAUCCGAUCGCCAUCCAUCGGAUCAACAACAGCAACAAUGCCUUCCAUUAAGCCUCCCAAGUACGAAAAGGGGGAUGAUCUCACGACAUGGACCCGUAUUUAUGAUCAAAUCGCUGAGAUGAAUGACUCGAGUAAUAAGGAACGCCUUGGUGAAAGUGACCCAAGAGCCAUUGGUUGCGUGAACGUGAAUAUGGUCAAUAUGAUACUUGACGGUGGAUGCGUACCAUGCAUUAUCAGCAAGGGAUUAGCUGAUGCUUUGGAACUCGAGCUGAGUCCUGUCACGAUUUCAGUGGGGCCAUCCAAAUCGGUUGAUGUCAGGACAUUGUAUUUGGAUGUGGCCAGCUACAACUUUGUUGUAGGAAGAGAAGCUUUUGCCCAAUUGACAAUUGGCACCGAUUGGGGACAUCAUUUUUGGUACGUUUUGUCUCCUCAAGGCACUAUGCCCCUGAAUGUGCAAUACACGAUGAUACCUCAAGAUGAAUUGGUUAUGAGGCCUCGCAAUGCAUUCAAAAUCGUUGAAGUCGUUGAAGAAGACGAAGAUGCAGAUGUCGGAUGGCAGCGUAGCGUGUCACCAUUCAGCAAAACGUCACAUUUGGAAAACGUUGAGGAUAUAGCCGUGAGAUGCGAUGAUGUUGAAGAACCAACCUCCCAUCUUGUGAUCAACAAGGAGCAACAAGACGACUUUGAGGCAUUGUUGGAUGAUGUACAGCCGCGUCAAGAUUUGCAGCCGCGAGAUAAGAAUGCUUUGUUACCGGUUCUUAUGAAGCAUAGAGGGUGUUUUGGCAGCUCGUAUGCCGACUUUACGCAAACGGAUCUGGUGACAAUUCACAUUGACACGGGAGAUGCAAGUCCAAUCUAUCGAAGUCCUUAUCCUCAUAUGCCUCAUUCGGAAUUGGCAAGUCUUAAGGAGGAGCUUGAAACAAUGGUCUCUAAUGGGACACUCGUCCCUGCUAUGCAUGCACGCUUCAAUUCUCGCAAUAGUGGGUAG